GCGCGGCGCGGACUCAGAGCUGACAUGCUGCGCGGCCCGGCAGGCUGUACAAGCGGUGGCUGUGGCGACCCGAGCAGCAGGCGCCAGAGCAGCACGAGCGGUCAAGUGGUCGGUGGGGGCGACGGGGCGAGCGGCGUCCCAGCCUCGGCGUCCCGGAGGCGGCGGAGGUGCCCGGAGCCAUGGUGAUCAUGUCGGAGUUCAGCGCGGCCCCAGCGGGCGUGAGCCAGGGUCAGCAGAAGCCCCUCCGGGUGGGCUUUUACGACAUCGAGCGGACCCUGGGCAAAGGCAAUUUCGCCGUGGUGAAGCUGGCCAGGCAUCGAGUCACCAAAACCCAGGUAGCAAUAAAAAUAAUCGAUAAAACACGCCUAGAUUCAAGCAAUUUGGAGAAGAUAUACCGUGAGGUUCAGAUCAUGAAGCUUCUGAAUCAUCCCCAUAUCAUAAAGCUUUAUCAGGUUAUGGAAACAAAGGACAUGCUUUACAUUGUCACUGAGUUCGCGAAAAAUGGAGAAAUGUUUGAUUACUUGACCUCCAACGGGCACCUGAGCGAGCAUGAAGCCCGGAAGAAGUUCUGGCAGAUUCUGUCGGCCGUGGAGUACUGCCACAGCCGCCACAUCGUGCACCGGGACCUCAAGACCGAGAACCUGCUGCUGGACGGGAACAUGGACAUCAAGCUGGCAGACUUCGGAUUUGGGAAUUUCUACAAGUCGGGAGAGCCUCUGUCCACGUGGUGUGGGAGCCCGCCGUACGCUGCCCCGGAAGUCUUUGAGGGGAAGGAGUACGAAGGUCCCCAGCUGGACGUCUGGAGCCUUGGUGUCGUGCUGUACGUCCUCGUCUGUGGCUCUCUGCCCUUCGACGGGCCCAGCCUGCCCGCGCUGCGGCAGCGAGUGCUCGAGGGCCGGUUCCGCAUCCCCUUCUUCAUGUCUCAAGACUGCGAGACGCUGAUCCGCCGCAUGCUGGUGGUGGACCCCACCAAGCGCAUCAGCAUCGCCCAGAUCCGGCAGCACAGGUGGAUGCAGGCCGACCCCACGCUGUCCCGAGCGUGCCCCGGCAGCGCCGCGCUCAGUUACAACUCCAACCUAGGCGACUACGACGAGCAGGUGCUGGGCAUCAUGCAGACGCUCGGCGUGGACCGGCAGAGGACUGUGGAGUCACUGCAGAACAGCAGCUACAACCACUUCGCGGCCAUUUAUUACCUCCUCCUGGAGCGGCUAAAGGAGUACCGCAGCAGCCCGCCGCUGGCCCGGCCCUGCCCGGCCCGCCAGCCGAGGCCCAGGAGUUCCGAUCACCCCGGUUUGGAGGUGCCUCAGGAAGUCCUCCCCAGUGACGCGUUCCGGUCCUCCCUGCUGUGCCCGCAGCCCCAGGCCUUGGGGCCGUCCGUCCUGCAGGCCGAGAUGGACUGUGACCUCCACAGCUCGCUCCAGCCCUUGCUCUUCCCUGCGGACGCCAACUGCAACAGCGUGUUCCGGCAGCGCUCCGUGUCUCCCGGCGGCCCGCUGGGCAUGGCCAUCGGCGAGGAGGUCCGGCAGGGCCAGGGCUUGAAGGAGGAGCCGGAGGCGCAGAGGCCCCUGCCUGGCAGCACGGGCCGCAGGCACACGCUGGCCGAGGUGUCCACCCUCUCCCCAUGCGCCCCUCCAUGCAUCGUCAUCUCCUCCUCCGCGGCGAGCCCUGCAGAAGGCGCCAGCUCCGACAGCUGCCUGACCUUCUCAGUGGGGGACAGCCCGGCGGGGCUCAGUGGACGCCUGGCCGCCCACGGGCUGGUGGGCACCUGCUCCCCGCUCAAACUGGCCUCACCGCUGCUGGGGACCCAGUCUGCCACCCCGGUGCUGCAGGCCCAGGGGGCCCUGGGCGGCGUUGCCCUGCUCCCCGUCAGCUUCCAGGAGGGCCGGAGGGCUUCGGACACCUCGCUCACUCAAGGCCUGAAAGCCUUCCGGCAGCAGCUGAGGAAGAACGCGAGGACCAAAGGGUUCCUGGGCCUGAACAAGAUCAAGGGGCUGGCUCGCCAGGUGUGCCAGCCCUCCUCGAGCCGGGCCACGCGGGGCGGCCUGAGCGCCUUCCCGCUGCCCACACAGAGCCCGGGCCUGCACGGCAGCGGGGCCGGCAGCCGGGAGGGCAGAAGCCUGCUAGAGGAAGUGCUGCACCAGCAAAGGUUGCUGCAGCUACAGCACCACCCAGCAGCCCUGCCCAGCUGCCAGCAGGCACCCCACCUGCCCCCGGCCCCCCUGGUCCUGGCCCCCUGCGACAGCGCCCUCCUUGUGUCGGGACUCCAGAAGGAGCUGGGGCUGGGGCCCGGCCCGCUGCUGCCGCCCCACCUCCUCCAGGCCGGGGUGUCCCCGGUGGCCUCCGCAGCCCAGCUCCUGGACACCCACCUGCACAUCAGCACCGCCACAGCGCCCCUGCCUGCCGCCGCGCCCCUGCAGCCGCACUUCGCCGUGCUGCCCCCGGGUUUUGACCCCGUGGGGCUGCCACGCGGGGACUGUGAGAUGGAGGACCUGACCUCAGGCCAGCGGGGCACGUUUGUCCUGGUGCAGUGAGGGCGCCGCCCCCACCCUCCUCCCGCACGGGCUGCGACUCCUCGAAGCAAUAACCUCAGUAUGUGAAGGCGAUUCUGGACUCCAAGCCAAUGACUUCUUAGAAGCGAAACAAGCAAUACGUUUGGUGUUUUGGCUUUUUAGUUUUAUUUUCUCCUUGCACUGAGCAACUGCUGCCAUGAGUAGGGACUGGAAAGUUUCUGAAGAAAAAUAAUAAUUGAGGGUGUGUCGUGGGGGCGGGUGGACCUGAGGGGAAGAAGGGAAGUGAGGUGGGACAGAGGGCAGGGCCGGCUCUGCUUGCCGGGCCUGCCCAGCGGCUGGAGGGGCAGGUGGCUCCCUUGUCCGCGGGCGCUGUGGGGCACAGAGGCCAUGGCCUUGGAUAGAGCCGUGGUGUGAGCCGUGUGCCUCGGGAGUGAGCGUGGGCAUCUCCACCGCGUGUGCGUGCGUGCCGUGUUCAGUGGUAUCCUUCUUUUAAAGUAACAGUUCUCCACUUCCUGACACAUUUACGCUUCAGACGAAAGCUGUGAACUUUGUGCUUUAUGUAUCAGUUUUCAAAAAGCUCUGGGGGCCGGCCCAGGAGAAGAUAAUCUGCAAAAUCUUGGAAUUCUCUCCCCCGAAGUCAGUAAACAGAGGAUCACUUUUUCUUUUUUUAACUGAGGAGUUUUGUAAACUGCUCAAGGGUCAGUUCCGGGACUCGUCCUCCGAGCUGCUACGAGGGGGAGCCUCGCGGGGCGGGCCGGCUGCGGGGCGGGCUCUGGCGCGGCGCUGGCUCUGGCGCGGCGCUCGGCAGCACCGGGCCGGGGGCCUGCCAGGGAAGUUACCUCCUGCUGCACAUCUUUCCGCUGCUAAUUACGUUUUAUGCAUUUCAUUAUCAGGGUCCAAAAACGAACAACUGACGGGGAGGGGCGUGCAAUACGGUGAGGCCAGGCUGGGCACGGGUCACUGCCGGUGGAGGGCCCGCCUUCCCCGGGCCCGCGCCUGCCUGGCUUUUGCUCAAGAAGGUGGAAUGAGAGGUGGGGUCAGUGUUGUUCAGCUUUGUUCCUUCGUAAGCAGAUACUGUACAUGUGUAUAAA